AUGACCACUCUCACGAAGAACGACAUUGAAAUUGCCACUCGAGCUGCCGAUCAAUUUACACGCCUCUAUUACUCAACCUACGACUCAGCAACCCGCGUGGACGACCUACCCAACUUCUACCGGCCGUCGUCUGCAUUGACUUGGAAUGGAAGGCCGUUCCAGGGAUCUGAAGGCGUGCGGAAGCUCAUCAGCGCAAUGCCCACGACCAAACAUGAAAUACAAAGUUUCGACUGUCACCCCAUUCCAGGCAGUCAACCUCCCAAUCUCCUCAUCACGGUUCAGGCACUGUGA